AUGAUGAAAGAAGAUUUAUAUUCAAACAUGAUCAUUCAUGAGGAGGAUGAAGAGACGAUGAUCAUGCAUUCAUCAGCAGAACAUGAUGAAUGUUGUUAUGAAACGACCAUCACGACCACAACCAUUCAUCAUCCUUUGACCACAUCCACAACGACGACGAGCACAACGACAAUGACUCAAUGGUUGGAUGCAUCCUCUCGACGACGUCAUCAUGACGAAGAAGAAACAAUGAACUUGUCAAAAAUGCGCUCUUCGUCCUCCGAAAUGCAAGAAAGUGACCAAAAAUGUUAUUAUUAUGAACCAUCGAUGAAUUCAAAUAAGGAAUUGAACCUCUUGGAUCAUUUCAUGGAUCACAAGAAUCGAGAAUCAAAUUGCCCUGAAGUGACACGUUCUUCAAAGACUCUCUUCAUGGAUCAUGUUCAAAAUUGUGUGGUUGAAAUUUCAGAUCAAGACAAAAUGUCACGAAAAUCUCUUUUCAAACAUCCAGAACGAGUGUGCACAUUAUUUAAUGUCACUUCGAUUGUAUUUAUUUUCACAUUAUUACUUGAUUUUUAUGGACCUCUCUUUUCACCUUCCUUUCUUUUUCAAACACUUGCUGUGAGUGUGUUUGGAAUGUACAGUGUGUAUAAUCAACGACAAGUCAUGAUUUCAUUCUUUGCAAUUUUUAUUUCCAUUUCAUUUGCCAUUACUCUUUCCGAGACGUUAUUGCUCACGUGUUAUGGUCACAAUAGCUCUGGACUUGUCUUGUAUAAUAAUUGGUUUCAUUUGAUUCGAUUUUUAUUGACCUUGAUACUUUCCUUGUCAUUAUUGAUUGCUUCGUUUCAUGUUCGAGUGGAGGUUGCACGAUUGAAUGCACUUCGAAGACAAUUUAUUGCAUCAUGUUAUCAUCAUGACAAUGAACGGAGUGCAAUGAAGAAGAAGAGGAACUAUCAAGUGCCAUUGGAUAUGACGAUCAUUAGGAAAUUGUAUUCGACUGAACGAUCGUGUGAGGACUCUCAUUUUGUGACACAGAACAAGGUGUGA